AUGUCAAACCUCAAGCCCUCUACAGCAGAUGAAGGUUUCAUCCUCUCGAACCCGGCAUUGGAGAAUCCGGCCACCUCUGAUGAAGCCUUUCAGAGAAUCUUAAAAUGGCAUCUUCCGCAAGACUUGCUCGCAAAGAUAUCACCCGAGUUGCAGAAGUUCGGAUCGGAGGCGAUCUCGGACGAGAUCAAUAGUUUGAUUGGGAACGCCGAGACAGAACAACCCCAUGUCAAGACACGCAACGUUUGGGGGGCAAGAUAUGAGAAGGACCGUCUUAUCACUAGUACCGGAUGGAAAGAACUGGGCAGAUGGGGUAUCAGCAACGGUGUCGUUGGACUCGGAUAUGAAGAAGGAUUUGAAUCGUAUCGGCGCGUGGUCCAACAUGCUUUCAAUUACAUCUUUUCGGCUUCAUCCGCUGCAUACUCAUGCCCGGUUUCCAUGACUUCGGGGGCGGCACGACUAGUUCGACAUCAGCUUGCGGGACUCCCACAAGACCAUCCUUUCCAUGAACUCUAUGCACGUCUCAUUGCUCGAGAGAACAACUGGAUAUCUGCUCAGUGGAUGACAGAGCGCCCGGGUGGUAGCGAUGUUAGAAAUAGCGAGACUGUGGCAGUCUACUCUCCGCCAGAACACAAGACUGGUCGCUUCGGUAAUAUUGAACAAGGCGACUAUCUGCUCUCCGGUUUCAAAUUCUUCUGCAGUGCCACCGACUGCGACAUCGUGUUGCUUCUGGCGAAGACUGAGUCAGGCGAGCUAUCACUUUUUGUGGCCCCGACUACAAUUAAAAUCACUGGCGAGAAUGGAAAAUCAAAGAAGGUAUCGAAUGGCAUUCGUAUCCAUCGACUGAAGAACAAGAUGGGCACAAAGGAGCUUCCAACAGCCGAGACGGAGCUCACAAACGUUCGCGCUCAUCUGAUCGGACCAAAAGAUCGCGGCAUUGCAACUAUCGCAUUGCUAUUGAACGUGACUCGCAGUCAUAAUUUUAUAACAGCCCUUUCGUGUCUGCGCCGGGCAUUGGACAUUGCCAAAGCAUUUGCUCGUGCUCGCACGACUAUCGAUCAACCGUUGUGGACAUUCCCCAUGCAUUUGAAUGUACUGUCUCAGUUGGAAGUGAAGCACCGUGGCUGGUUGCACCUAGCAUUCUUCACCUCAUCACUUCUCAGUUUUGUCGAUAAUGGGUUUCCAACAGAUUUGCCUUCUUGCUACGAUGGCCUCCGGGGUUCUCCAUCAAUAGCAACAACAGUUCUGCGUGCCCUCACAUCGACUACAAAGGCGGUUGUCUGCAAGUCUGCCACGUUAUCUUUCCAAGAAUGCCAGGAAGCGAUGGGUGGCGUUGGGUAUAUGGAUGAGCCUGAGGAGCCCGAGUUCAACGUGAGUCGUCUUUGGCGUGAUACAGCUAGCAAUAGCGUAUGGGAAGGAACAACCAAUGUUCUUGCCAGCGAGACGGUCCGACAUUUGACGAAUGGGAGGAGCCUUACAGUUUUCGGCACUUGGAUCACCGAUUGUACUCGCCAUAUCUCACACAAUAGCCUCAAAGUUACGCUCGAAGCUACAUGGAAUGACUUGGCUGUAAAGCUUGCAUCUGGCCAAGAUGAACGUGGUCUUGUGGGUGUAUUGGCGGUCGGUCGCCAGGUCAUGUUCACUCUUGCAUGGCUGAUCAGUGGGGUCCUUCUCUCACUAGAUGCCCAGCGAGAUCGCGAUGGGGUUGCAUGUGAAGUAGCACGACGAUGGGUACUUGAAGGACAAGGAAUACCUGCUGAGUUUGGAUUCCCAGAACUAAUUUAUCGGCAUUCUGCCAUGUCGCCAGAAAGCAUGAGCCAGCAUGAGAGGACUGCGUGGGACUGUCGCAUCGUUUGGGGGGUGGAUCUCCCGCUUGGAGCGUCGACGGGUUACCGGGCUGCUAAGAUCUAA